AUGCAAGAUUACCAGAAAUAUCCAUCUGACACUAAAUACCAUUUGCAAAUCACUGGUCAUCAUCCCUCAACUGUUAUCAAAGUGUCAGUAAGCAAGUAUAAGUUCUGGAAAACACUUGUAAUCAGCAAAGGAAUCACAACAACAGUUAAACUCCCAAGCACAUUUGGGAUGAGUGGAUCACAUUAUUUCGAUAUGACUGUGUUCAUUGAAGCUAACAAAGACAUUUCAGUCUUUGCCCAGGGUCACAGAAGGUCUUCGGCUGGCACUACUCUUGUGCUCCCAGUCCACCAGCUAGAUAGAGUGUAUCAUGUGGUAACUCCAAAUGAUAGCAACACAGAUGGUGUCAAGGAAUUUGCCAUUGUAGCUCAGGAAGCUGCCACUCGUGUUGACGUUUCCCUAAAAGGAGAUGUGCUACUCAACGGGCAGGCUUAUCCUGCAGGGAGUAAACUUUCUGUUAAUCUUGAGGCAUUCCAAGCACUUCAGCUGCAAAGCUCAGAUGAUUUAUCCGGUACCAGAAUCGAAUCAAAAGAACCCGUGGCUGUCUUCAGCGGGCACAGCUGUAUUAUGAAAGAUAACGCCUGCAACCAGGUUUUUGAACAGCUGCUGCCCAGUUCAAGCUGGGGCACCUUCUUCAUUGUUCCUCUGCUCCCUUUCCAAAACAGGAGUGGCACACUGUAUAUAACCGCUUCCCAAAACACUAAUGUCAAAUACCAACAUGGGGAUGUGCUAAGCUCCCACACCCUGGAAUCUGGAGAAGUCAUGCAGCUAAGCAAAUAUUCUUCUGAGCCAGUUUCUAUUUCCGCCAGUGCUAGAAUCCAAGUGCUUUACUUCUCUACUGGUGGUGAAAGCCAAGACCAGAGGCCAUUGCUACUCAAUAUUCCAGCGGUUACAAGCUUUUGCAGAUCAUAUGAUCUUCCUUAUGUGAAGCAGUUGAAUAAUUAUGCAAUCAUCGUAGCCAAAACCUCUGAUCCCAGUGGAAUCAGAAUACAGAGGAGGACCUUUGCAAAAAGCCAGUGGAAAUCAGUCCCAGACACAGAAUACCAUUGGACUGAAUACAGCUUGGCUAGAAGAGGAGGUGUCCUUUCUUCAGAGGGUCUUCUUGUUCCACUUGGGGUCUUCAUCAUUGGAUUUUCACAGUAUGAUGGCUUUGGCUCACAGGGUCAUUGUACCUCCCGUACUUGUAAUGUAAGUUCCCGUGGAAAGAAAUUUCUUACCGCCUUCAUGUACAAUUAUUACCAUUACCAGAAUAAAAAACUGGAGCUGUACGUCUCUGGAUAUCAUCCUGCAACAAAUAUUACAGUGUCAACAAACAAAGGGAAAAUACACAGGACCAUUAAUGAAGGAGAACUUGCUUCCAUUGAAUUGUCAUUGUAUUUAGAAAUGAUGGGGAGUGACAUCUUUAAUAAGGCAGUACUGAUUGAAGCCGACAAAGACAUUUCUGUCUCUUCCUAUAGUGGUGUUGCUGUUUCAGUUGGUGGUACACUUAUCUAUCCCAUUGACCAGCUGGGACAGUUAUAUUAUGUGGUCACCCCAACAGAAGAUUCAUCUCUUAAUUUAAAAGAGUUUGCUGCUGUAGCUCAUGAGGAUUUCACAUCUGUGACCAUUCACCUACAAGGCACUGUAACUUUCAAAAAUAAAGUUUACCAUGCUGGGUCCAUCUUGAUGACUGACCUCAAGGCCUUUGAAGCAAUUCAGCUGCAAAGUACAGAAGAUUUAUCAGGCACCAGGAUUGAAUCGACCAAAUCUGUGGCUGUCUUGAGUGGACAUAGUUGUGUUACCAAGUUCACAUUUUGUGAUCAUGUUGUUGAGCAGCUCCUGCCAGUUCAGAGCUGGGGAACCACCUUCAUCGUCCCUCCUCUUUCUUUCCAGACAAAAUUUGAUAUUGCGUAUAUUGUUUCUGCAGAGAAUACUUUACUCAAAUAUCAGUCCAGCUCCAGGAAAGAAUCUCGUACUCUGGUGGCUGGAGAAGUGGUUCAACUUGAGAUCCCGGCCUCUCAACCACUUUUUAUCUCUGCUGAUGCUAGAAUCCAAGUCGUGUUUUUUUUCACUGGUGCCAAAAGAGGAGAUGGUUACUAUGAACCUUUCCUCAUGAACAUCCCUGCCAUAACAUGCUAUUGCAAUUCAUACCACAUUUAUGGAAUGAAAAACUUCACAAAUCAUGCCAUGAUUAUAGCCAAAUCCUCAGAAUCUGGUAGGAUCACAAUGGAAGGCAGGACGAUCCGGUGGACACAGAUCCCAGGCACAAAAUAUUCAUGGGCUGAAGAAGAUGUGGAUAUAACAGAUCGUGCCCUGUCAGUGGAACACGAGAACUCUCCAUUUGGACUUUUCGUCUUCGGAGGUGGUAAAGCUGAUGGCUACGGCACUGCUGCUCUUUGUUCUUCAGAAUAUCCUGCCCUGAGAACAGCCACCAUGAAGCCUGUGGAAAUGGCUGUCCAGCCACCUGCUCUGACCGUUCUGCUCCCAGCACCUGUAACAACACCUGUGCGCAAAUCUGCCAGUGUGACGAAGGCUUUGUCCGCAGCGGUGAGAAGUGCGUUCCGGUAGACACCUGCAAUUGCAUUUACCAAGGCGUGACCUAUAAGGCAGGGGAAGAGUUCUGGGGAGAUGAAGACUGCCAGAGUCAUUGCAAGUGUGAUGCCAAAUUAGGCAAGGCUGUAUGCCGAAAGUCUUCUUGCAAGGGCAAGAGAAAAUGCAGCGUGGUCAAUGGUGUCCAGGGAUGCCAUCCUGUCACUUACAAGACCUGCAUAGGAACCGGAGACCCUCACUAUACAACCUUUGAUGGGAAGAAAUACGAUUUCAUGGGAACCUGCAUUUACCAAAUGGCCGGGCUCUGCUCCCAGGAUCCUUCUCUGACCCCAUUUUUGGUCACCGUGGAGAAUAACCACCGAGGCAACAAGGCAGUGUCCUUCACCAAAGUGGUGACUCUGGAAAUCUACAACUUUACCAUCAGUAUGAGCCAAGAGUUUCCUGAAAAGAUCCAGUGUUUGGAUAUCCUUUGUUCCAACCUACCUGAGCACCAAGGGGAAGUUCACAGUGGCUGUGGAGAUUUUCUCAAUGUUAGCCUCAAGUGCUGGGCUUCUGGUCUGCAUCUUUUUCCCCAAAUGCUACAUUAUAGUUCUGAGACAGGAGCUGAAUAUCAGGCAGCUACAGAAUAG